UCUUGGAGUCAAAAUGCAGAGGAUAUGCUGGAGGGGGACGCAAAAUAUAGGCGAAGGGUGUUUCCUUGAUUAGAAGAAACGACAUGUUAGCUCAUGAAGCGUACAAUGAGAUUCUUGGUUGGAGUUUAAUGUGAGAUUAUAUGAUUGAUGAACUUGUAGAUAAGGACAUGAGUAGUCGAUAUGGAAGAUGGUUUGACAUUGAAAUCGAAGCAUUUGAACUCAGAAUAGGGAUUCAGGAUCGGGGUUCUUAAUUUUUUCGUUAGAUAAAAAAGGGAAAAUUGCUGCCAAGGUAUCAAAUCUUUCGUUUAUUAGCAGACUUUGUCCAAACCUUUAGUUUGUGCCACCGGAGAUACCAAACCUUUAAAAAAUGUGUGGGGCCAGUCCAAAAUGACGGUUUCCGUCUGUUUGACCGCCAAAAUCGUCAAUUGACCCCUUUAAUGAUAAUUUCAAGAAUUUUCCCCAAAUAAGUGAAGGGCAACAUGGUCAUUACACACAUUUCCCUCCUCAACAUCAAACACGUCCGUUGCAACUUCCUUCUACUCACCAUCCACUAUGGAACCUGCAAAAACCCACAAAGAAGACGAAACGGACUUCGAAGAAGACGAACAUCCAGUGGAAAUUGUAGCCCACAUUCGAGGCUCUCUUCCCCAACCCGUGUAUGGGGAAAAUUCAAAGUACUUCAGCAUACGGCUUCAUCAUGGUGGAAUUUUAUUGCAGAAGAUGAGAAAUUUUGUGUAUGAGCAUGGGAAAAUAAGUUAUAUAGACUAUAUCGACCCUGAUUUCUUCAAUAGAUUUCUUUUGGACAAUGCCGUGAAGAUGUUAGGAUAUUCUGAUAGAAUUAGAUAUCUGUACAAGAUGGAGAAGAAAAGAAUGAGUGAAGGUUCAUUUUGGUUGGUUAAAGACUCAGAUUUCAUAAAUUUAGUGAAGUGGCUUGGUGAUAAUAGGACAGCUGAACUGUAUUGCUUGCCUGUAGUUGAGGUUUUGGAGUUGCCUUGGUAUGAAAUAGAACAAAAGGAUGUUCGAGUGUUUGAUUGUGAGACUGGUGAGGAGUUGGUGAAGGUUCAAAAGUCUGGUGAAGCAUUGAAUGAGCAGCAACCAUGUUAUGUAAUUGAGAUUUUUGAUGAAUCAGUAGAAGGUGAUGACGUGUAUGUAGUUGAUGAAGUGGAUGACAUGGAAGCAGAUGAAGAGGAAGUUUAUACAGUGCAUGGAACAGAGCAUGAGUAUACAGAGGUUGAUUUUAUAGGGGCUGAAGUAGACUCACAUGAAUCAGAAGUGCAUGCUGCUGAACCGGAGAAACCACAUGAUGUUGAACCACAGUUGAGGUCUGAACAUGAGCUGCAUGACGCUGAACCACAGCAGCAGGCUCAGCAGGAGCUGCAUGCUGCUGAACAAGAGGUGCAGGCUGCUGAACAGGAUGUCGAAGCAGAGGUGUAGCCUACUGAAAU